AUGAGGAAGAAAUACUACAAUAUGGUUGAAGAUAUGAGAGAUAAGAUCUGUGUGUUUUGUCGGAUUCAACCAGUGAGCCCAACCGAGGAUGCUCAGGGUGGGGCCAUCGAUUACUCUGUCACCAUGGAAAUCCCUUGUGGGUAGACGGAGUUGCAGUUUGACAAGGUGUUCAGCAACAAAUGUGGCCAGACGGCUCAGGGAAGACUUUCACCAUGGUGGGGGACAAGAAACAGAAGAACCCCAGGAUAUAAUAAUGCCAUAUUUGAUAUCCUACAGGAGAACAGUAUCAAAUUCAACUUCAAGGUUUUGUCCUAUAUGCUGGAGCUGUACAACGACAGGCUGCAGGACCUCUUUGUGAGCCUGGCUGGUGAGGCCCAUGCACAGUCCCAGUCCCAUGGCCAGGCCAGGCGGGUGGAGAUCAAGAGGAACAGAAAGGGGGUUGUGUUCGCCCAAGGAGCAGAGACAAAGGAUGCUUCCAGUGCCCAGGAGCUCUACGAUCUGUUCCAGCAAGCCAGUGCCAACUGACACAUCUCUGCCACCAAGAUGAAUGUGGAGAGUUCCGGCUCCAAUCUCAUUGUUGGCAUCAUAGUGGAGAGCAGGAAUCUGAGCAAUGGGAGCAUGAGCACUAGUAAGUUGAGCCUUGUGGACCUGGCAGGCAGUGAGAGAGCAGCCAAGACUGGCGCCAAGGAACACCAGCGACGGUUUGAUCAUAUAUCAUGUCCUGACUUGCGCAUCAAGUGA